CAGAGGCCAAGCACCGUGCAGAGGAGGCUGCACAACACUGCUGCUGACGAAGAGCCAUCCCUUGGAGAGAGUUCUUCCUUCCCGGGGGCCGAGACUCCGCAAGCCAGCGUGGAGGACGAGGGGUCGGAAGGGGACGGUGACACCAGUUCCCCCAGAGUCCCGAAGCCAAAGAAGUGGCUAAUCAAGAGGCUGCUGAACACUGAAGUGGUGGAAGACUUGUCCUCGGCAGAGUGCUCCUCUACGGACGAGGACGACACCAUGUAUGAGGUGAGCAGCAUCGAGGACGAGGUGUGGGACUCUCCACCGGCCCCCGGUUCGGCCAGGAACAUCGGCGGCGGCGAAGAAGGAAGAGGACAGCUGGCCCCAGACUGGUUCUCGUCGGUCCAUCUGGGAGAGGGGAGAGCAACAAAGAAGAUCGGGGACAUCAUCCGGUGCGUGGAGUAUGCCAGUGAGGUGGAGGAGAGGUUCCCUGAACUCCUGGUGGGCCUGGUGAACAAGAUCCUCACCGGCCUGCAGAACACCACUGAGGGAGUGGGGAACCGGGAGAGCCAAGACCUGCCUCCUGAGGAGACCUCGCAGAUUGUCCGGACCCUGCUGGAGAGGGUGGCACAGGUGACCCCAGAGAAGACCUGCUGGGAAUCCCUGUGCUCUCCGCAGAGCUGCCUCCAGGGUGUGGCCCUCUUGGUGAGGGCUCUCCUACAGACACCAUCCUCCACAGUGGCCAGGCUGAAGGCAUACCUGGCUUCCCUCUUCAGCCUGGACAAAGAUCCAGAACAGCAUUCCCUCGCAGAGGUGGCCUUCUUUGUGGAGUGGAUGGAGGCCAAGCGGCAUCAGCCCCCCGAGAGGCCUGUGGUCUGUUUAGCAGGGGGUGGACUAGCAUGGGUUUGA